ACCUCUUCAUACCAUCCCUCUCAUCAUCCAGUGUCCACUGCAGCCCCUUUCACAAAUACAAUACACCAACCUUGAGAUGGAGACCUUGCCUUUGUUCUUCACCCUAGCAGCUGCUGCUUUGGCUUAUCUCCUAUGGUUCUAUCUCCUAUCUCGUAAACUUACUGGCCCAAGAGUAUGGCCUCUAGUGGGUAGCCUUCCAUAUCUCUUCAUGAACCGGAGAAGAAUCCAUGACUGGAUUGCUGGUAACCUCCGUGCAACUGGUGGUGCCGGAACCUACCAAACGUGCACGAUAGCACUUCCUUUCUUUGCUCGCAAACAAGGAUUCUACACUGUCACCUGCCACCCCAAAAACAUGGAACAUAUUCUUCGAACCCGGUUUGAUAAUUAUCCCAAAGGACCCGAUUGGCAAACUGCCUUUCACGAUCUUUUAGGCCAAGGGAUCUUUAACACUGAUGGAGAAACGUGGCUCAUACAACGCAAAACCGCAGCUCUCGAGUUCACUACUCGGACUUUACGGCAGGCCAUGGCUCGGUGGGUGAACCAGACAAUCAAGAAUCGUCUAUGGAACAUUUUGGACAAGGCUGCUACAGAGAAGCUUUCUGUGGACUUGCAAGACUUGUUGCUUCGCUUAACCUUCGAUAACAUAUGUGGACUCACAUUUGGAAAAGAUCCAGUAACUCUCUCUCCAGAAAUGUCAGAUAAUCCAUUUUCUAUUGCCUUUGACACGGCCACUGAAGCUACUCUUCAGAGGCUUCUUUACCCUGGUUUCUUAUGGAGGGUGGAGAAGCUUUUAGGGAUUGGAGCAGAGAAGAGAUUAAAGAGGAGCCUCGAAGUUGUGGAAACGUACAUGGAUGAUGCCAUUGCAGCACGCAAAGAAAACCCAUCGGAUGAUUUGUUAUCGCGGUUCAUGAAGAAGCGAGACGUUGACGGCAACCACUUCCCAAUCUCUGUUCUGCAACGAAUUGCUCUCAACUUCGUCCUCGCCGGCCGUGACACCUCAUCUGUUGCUCUUAGCUGGUUCUUCUGGCUAGUGAUGAACCAUCCUGAAGUUGAAGCAAAGAUAAUCAAGGAAAUAUCAACUAUACUCACAGAAACACGUGGAAAUGAUCACCAGAAAUGGCUUGGUGAGCCUUUAGACUUUGAUGAAGCUGAUAAAUUGGUUUAUCUCAAAGCAGCAUUAGCUGAAACACUGCGUUUAUACCCGUCAGUGCCACAAGAUUUCAAAUACGUAGUAGCGGACGAUGUUUUGCCUGACGGUACAUGUGUACCAGCUGGUUCCACUGUUACAUAUUCUAUUUAUUCUGUGGGGAGGAUGAAGAGCAUAUGGGGCGAGGACUGCCAGGAAUUUAAACCAGAGCGAUGGCUAUCACCAGAAGAGGACAGAUUUGAAGCACCUAAAGACUGCUACAAGUUUGUGGCCUUUAAUGCUGGACCCAGGACUUGCCUAGGGAAGGACUUGGCUUACUUGCAAAUGAAGUCUGUGGCUUCUGCCGUGCUGUUGCGCUACCGAUUGUCACUGGUUCCCGGCCACUGCAUAGAGCAGAAGAUGUCUCUUACAUUGUUCAUGAAGAAUGGGCUUCGUGUAUUCUUGCAUCCUCGUAAUCUUGCAUAGGAAUGGUUUCCACAUCAUCAGAUUUCUGGAGUCGCUCAACUUUGCAUUGCUUGGCUUUUACAGGAGACAGGGCCAAUGCAGUCAUUCAGUCACAAUCAUUGGGGCUUUACUGCCCAUAAUUCUGUUAAAGGGUCAUUUUAAAUUGUUUUUAGUUUUCGUCUUUAAAUUCCUUGUUCAUUGAUGGGUUCAAUCUACAUACAGCUGCAUCUAGAUUGGAGGAGGCUGUACGAGCCAUUCAAAAUUAGGAGUAAUUGUCAUGUAAUGUUGUAUAUUCCAUACCAGCGGAUGUUGCUUUCAAAUAAUUAAUUACGUGAAUAGAAGAAAAAUUAUACGCUUUAAUUACUAUUACUAAA